CAUAUUUUCUUUGUAUUUUUAAAACAUAUUUGAAAUUUUAAUUUUAUUCUUUAAUCAAUUAAUUCUACUUUAUAUUACAAUUUGUUAAUACACAAUUAUAUGUUUUACUGUCUCUGAAUAGUUUGUAAUAAUUACUGCAAUAAGAAUUCAUGGAUAACUUUACUAAAUUGUUUUUGCUUUAUCUUUGUUGUUUAGCUCAAACUGUUAAAGUAUCUGACAAAGAUGUAAAAACUAAACAAAUAUUCACAACUUUUAAUACAGAAACUGAAGUGCUUCCAAACUUACAAACUAUUGAUAAAAGUCAUACUUUACCAGUACCAGAUAUAUGUGUAGAACUAUUAGAUAACUUUGCACAGUAUGCAUCAGAUUUCACAUUGUGCUCUAUUAAGAAUGCUUGGCCUGUGAGACUUUGCAGGCAAUGCAUUGAUCAGUAUGUAGUAUUUAAAUCUAAGUAUCAAGAAUUAUUAAAUACAGUAGAUAAUGGAACAUCAUGCCAAACUAUUUAUAUUUCACACGAUAGAUUAGAUGUGGUACUUGAAUAUUAUAAUAGCAUUCUGGAUAUAUGGGAAAAAGGGAACUGCAAUGCUUGUUAUGACUGGUCUGGACCAUUGCCUGUAGUAUCAAAUGACACUAAGAUGUUUGAUAAAAUGUUUAAAGAAACAAUGGACUGCAUUGCAACUAACAGUACACCAAAAACAAAUGCUUCAGACGAAGUUUGUGAAAGGUGCAUGCAGCCUUACCUAAAAUUGGACUUAUUUUAUAGAUCCCUAAGUAAAGAUUCUAUAGGGUUGGACAGUGUGUGCUUUGAUAUAGUUGACUCUAUGAACACAACUAGAUCUAUAUGGAGCAAGGAUCUUAAUUGUUGCAAACUUAGAAAGACACCAGAAAUAAUAUUUUUGGUAUGCACAGGAAUUAUCUCUUUUUUACCAAUACUGUUUUACAUAGCUGCAAGAUUUUGUUCUCCAAUAAGAGCACUACCAAAUAUUUUUAAAGAAACAAGAUUCAAGCAGUCCUUUAUGAGGUCAAGUCAUGGAAGGAUAAACUAAAAGAGGAUUUAUUUAAUUAAUAUUUAAAUAAAACUGCUCUUUAUUUCAAACUGCCCGACUGUAUAAGUGUGAUACUCAUACAUUGUUUAUUAUGUAAAUAUAGAACUAAAGUUAAGCUAUUAAAAAAAGAUAAAAGCAAAUGUUUGCAUAAUGUAUGCUAUUAGAAUUCUCAGCCUUCAUAACAGAUAAUGUGAUUGAGUGAUGACUAUAGCAAUAUUUAAUCCAUCCCUGUGUAUAAUGGAAAGCAGUAUAUGACAGGCAAUUUUUUAAUUUAUUAACACUGAAUAAUUAUUUAGAUAUCCAUAAUUGACAUUUUCUUUUGUUGAAUUCAGUGUACCUACAUAUAUGACUAUCUGGCCAACUUUAGUGCAACUGGCACGGAGAGAACCUGACUAAAUGCCCUGAAUGCCCAAUCAACAGUUUAUAAAGAGCCUGGUGGUCUAAAAAUAUUUAAAUGAAAGGAUUAUAAAUUUAUGACGAAAUAUAAAAGUACAUGGGUUCACCUUUGGACUAUUUGAUAAUAUAAACAUCCAAAAU